GUAAAAUUAUUCAGUUCACGUUGAAUUUCAUUGCCAACAUGUCAGCCACCCAAGUUUAUUCCGAGGAGAUUAGUGGCGAUGGAGACAUUACCCAAGCUGUAUCUUCAGUAGCAGCUGUUCCGGCUCGGCCAGUUGACAGAAAGUUCGCUGCAGUUGGAUUCAGCCAAAGAAUGAGGAAGGCGGUUUUAUCGCACCUGCGGUUGGGUGAAUUCCAAAAAGAACCUGUUCCCAAGCCAGAAAAAGAGCCGGGGAAUUGCAGCAUUCCUAGCAACCCUCGUUGCAAGUACGGAGUGGAAUGCCUACUCCGUAGAUGCGUGUACUCACACGUAGCUCAAGACGAGGCGACGCCCGACCGCACGCCUCAGAUGCGGCGUCCGAAGCUCCUCCGCCGACACAUUGAGCGAGCCGCCAUCCCUGAGCCAGCGCCAACCAUCAAUGUCCGCCAUCGAGACGCCAUUGCUGACGCGACGCCCGCUUCUCCGCAGCCGACGCGUCACCCGCGCCGCGAUCGCCGACGCAAAGAUCGCGCACUCUAUGUUAUCCCGAAUCGUGCAAGGAGCUGAGUCUGAUAGUGAUGAUCUCCGCGCCGCCCCAGUUCCUGCCAAAUGUGUUCAUACAGCUACAACCUCCUACGACGUUGUACCUAUAGUAGCUACUUUAUACUUUACUUACUUUUGUUUAAUGUACUAAUUAAGAUUUUUUUUGAAAUAUAAAAUUGUAUCACAA